UUCUGCUGGGAAGCUGUGUUGAGCACAGAUGUUCACAGGAUGCUGUACUUUCGAUGAGCCUCUCAGUUCCUGUGGCUAUAGUCAGUCAGAUGAUGAUGAUCUUAACUGGGAUCAGGUGAACGCACCAAUAAAGCCCUCCUCAAGUCAAGGGAUGCCAUCUGGUUCCUUCAUGUUGGUGAAUACAUCUGGGAGAUUUGCAGGACAGAAAGCUCACCUCCUGCUGCCCCAUCUGAAAGAAAAUGAUACACAUUGUAUUGAUUUCCACUAUUACGUUUCAAGCAAGAGUGGAUCUAGCCCUGGCACUUUGAAUAUAUAUGUGAAAGUUAAUGAUGGUCCUAUUGGUAACCCGAUCUGGAACACAUCUAUCACUGCUACUUGGAACAGAGCAGAACUGGCAAUUAGCACGUUCUGGCCCAAUUUUUAUCAGGUUGUUUUUGAAGUGGUCACUUCAGGUCAUCCAGGAUAUGUGGCUAUUGAUGAAGUGAAAGUUUUAGGACAUCCAUGUACAAAAACUCCCCAUUUCUUGCGUCUUCAGAGCGUGGAAGUCAACGCAGGACAGUUUGCUACUUUUCAAUGCACUGCCAAUGGUGGAACAGACUCAGGUGACAGACUCUGGUUACAGGGUAUUUAUGUAAGAGAUGCACCUUUGAAGGACAUUAAAGUGUUCAACUUUCGCAGAUUUGUAGCUCUUUUUAGUGUGGUAAAUGCCACGAAGCGGGACGCUGGCAACUACCGCUGCAUGAUUCGUACAGAAGGAGGAGUUGGUGUAUCAAACUAUGCAGAACUGAUAGUCAAAGAGCCACCAGUUCCCAUUGCUCCUCCUCAGCUGUCCUCAGUUGGUGCAACUUACCUGUGGAUACAGUUGAAUGCCAAUUCCAUCAAUGGGGAUGGACCUAUUAUUCAAAGGGAAGUUGAGUAUCGAACUUCAAGUGGAAGCUGGUAUGACAUACAACCUGUGGACUCCACAAGCUAUAAGAUUGGCCACCUGGAUCCUGACACAGAAUACGAAAUCAGUGUAUUACUUACAAGACCAGGUGAAGGAGGAACCGGAUCUCCUGGCCCAGCUCUCAAAACAAGAACAAAAUGUGCUGUUUACCAGCUGAGUUAUAUUUCUGUAGUAGAAGAAAUGGAUCCUGAAAAUGCUCAGUGCUUGCACAGUACCCUUAGACAUAAGACAACUUUUGAAGAUUCAUUUCUUGGAAUACAGUCAUCCUACAAACUUGAAGAGCCAUCUCUUUCUGAGAUACGUAUGUUCCUGAACAAUGAACACGGCAAGAAGUUUCUUAUUUUUCUAGCAACAGCAGUUCCAAUUACAAUGAUCCGCCAUUACGAAAUGAUUGAUCGUAUCUUCAAUGUAGUUGCUCGCAGCCACGCAAACUUGACUGACACUAUAGCUUAUGAUAUACCUGUCUUCAGGCCUCGUAUCACGCUUCUAUGCAACGUGGCUCAUCUUUCCAAGCUAGCCAUUCUAGUUCAGUCUGUUGAAACUAUACCUUGUUAUUUCAUCCCGAGUGCUGUGCCACUUGAAUCCAUUCAAGGGAGUACCUUUGAAGAGAAGAUUUUUCUUCAAUGGAGAGAGCCAGCGCAAACAUAUGGUGUGAUUACUUUGUAUGAGAUCACCUACAAAGCAGUCAGUUCCUUUGACCCAGAAAUAGAUUUAUCCAAUCAAAGCGGACGAGUCUCAAAGCUAGGAAAUGAAACACACUAUCUCUUUUUUGGACUGUAUCCUGGAACUACCUACUCCUUUACCAUCAGAGCCAGCACAGCUAAAGGCUUUGGACCUCCAAUCACAAAUCAGUUCACCACUAAAAUAUCAGCACCGUCUAUGCCACCGUAUGAACUUGAAACACCUUUGAAUCAAACUGACAGCACUGUGACAGUCUUGCUGAAACCUGCACAGAGCAGAGGUGCUCCUGUCAGUGUCUAUCAAAUAGUUGUUGAAGAAGAACGCCCACGGAGGACCAAAAAGACAACUGAAAUCCUGAAGUGCUACCCAGUGCCCAUUCAUUUCCAGAAUGCCUCACUUUUGAAUUCCCAGUACUACUUUGCUGCAGAGUUUCCAGCCAGUGGUUUACAAGCUGCUCAGCCUUUUACUAUUGGUGAUAACAAAACCUACAGUGGUUUCUGGAACACUCCUCUUCUUCCUCAUAAGAGCUACAGCAUCUAUUUUCAAGCUGCUAGCAGAGCCAAUGGGGAAACCAAAAUCGACUGCGUCAGGGUAGCCACAAAAGGGGCUGCCACUCGAAAACCAGACCCAGAGCCUGAGAAGCAGACCGACCAUACUGUUAAAAUUGCUGGAGUCAUUGCAGGCAUCUUGCUGUUCGUCAUUAUAUUUCUGGGGGUCGUACUGGUAAUGAAGAAAAGAAAAUUGGCUAAAAAACGGAAAGAGACAUUGAGUAGUACGCGGCAGGAAAUGACAGUGAUGGUGAAUUCGAUGGAUAAAAGCUACACUGAGCAAGGCACCAACUGUGACGAAGCUUUCUCUUUCAUGGACACGCACAAUCUAAAUGGGAGAUCUGUAUCUUCACCAUCUUCAUUUACAAUGAAAACUAACACAUUGAGCACAACAGUGCCUAAUUCUUAUUACCCAGAUCCAUUUGUGCCAACUGCAAUUUUAGUGCCAAUCAAUGAUGAAACCCAUACGAUGGUCAGUGACACAAGCAGCCUGGUCCAAUCACAUACCUACAAGAAGCGAGAUCCAGUGGAUGUGCCCUACCAGACCGGACAGCUUCAUCCAGCCAUCCGUGUAGCUGACUUGCUACAGCACAUCACCCAAAUGAAGUGUGCAGAAGGCUAUGGAUUCAAAGAGGAGUAUGAAAGUUUCUUUGAAGGACAGUCUGCACCAUGGGAUUCAGCUAAGAAAGAUGAGAACAGAAUGAAAAAUAGAUAUGGGAAUAUCAUUGCAUAUGAUCAUUCUCGAGUGAGAUUGCAGCCCAUUGAAGGAGAAACAAGUUCUGAUUACAUCAAUGGAAAUUAUAUUGAUGGCUAUCAUAGACCAAAUCACUACAUUGCUACACAAGGACCAAUGCAGGAGACAAUAUAUGACUUUUGGAGAAUGGUAUGGCAUGAAAACACAGCCAGCAUAAUCAUGGUUACUAAUCUCGUAGAAGUGGGAAGGGUCAAAUGCUGCAAAUACUGGCCAGAUGACACAGAGAUAUAUAAAGACAUUAAAGUUACUCUGAUAGAAACAGAGCUCCUGGCUGAAUAUGUGAUUCGAACAUUUGCAGUUGAAAAGAGAGGUGCUCAUGAGAUUCGAGAAAUCCGGCAGUUCCACUUCACUGGCUGGCCAGACCACGGUGUACCAUACCAUGCGACAGGCCUGCUGGGAUUUGUGCGGCAGGUCAAAUCCAAGAGCCCGCCAAAUGCUGGCCCUCUGGUUGUUCACUGCAGUGCUGGUGCUGGCAGAACUGGAUGCUUCAUUGUUAUUGACAUCAUGCUAGAUAUGGCAGAAAGGGAAGGUGUUGUAGACAUAUACAAUUGCGUGAGAGAGCUUCGAUCUCGGAGAGUUAACAUGGUGCAGACUGAGGAACAGUAUGUAUUCAUCCAUGAUGCUAUCCUGGAAGCCUGUCUUUGUGGGGACACAUCUAUUCCAGCUUCUCAAGUUAGGUCUGUUUACUAUGAAAUGAAUAAACUGGAUCCUCAGACUAACUCCAGCCAGAUCAAAGAAGAAUUCAGGACUUUAAAUAUGGUGACUCCAACACUGCGUGUAGAAGACUGCAGCAUAGCACUUUUACCACGAAAUCAUGAAAAGAAUCGCUGUAUGGAUGUUCUGCCUCCAGACAGAUGCCUGCCUUUCCUCAUAACAAUAGAUGGGGAGAGCAGUAACUACAUUAAUGCUGCACUGAUGGAUAGCUACAAGCAACCAUCAGCUUUUAUAGUUACACAGCAUCCCUUACCAAAUACUGUCAAAGAUUUCUGGAGACUGGUCCUAGAUUAUCACUGCACUUCAAUAGUUAUGCUGAACGAUGUGGAUCCUGCACAACUGUGCCCUCAGUACUGGCCAGAAAAUGGAGUACACCGACACGGUCCUAUUCAGGUGGAGUUUGUAUCAGCUGAUUUAGAAGAAGACAUAAUCAGCCGGAUAUUCCGAAUUUAUAAUGCAGCCAGACCCCAAGAUGGCUAUCGGAUGGUGCAGCAGUUCCAGUUCCUGGGAUGGCCCAUGUACAGAGACACUCCAGUUUCUAAACGCUCCUUCUUGAAGCUUAUCCGCCAGGUGGAGAAGUGGCAGGAAGAAUACAAUGGGGGAGAGGGACGCACAGUUGUACAUUGCUUGAAUGGAGGUGGCCGCAGUGGGACAUUUUGUGCAAUCAGUAUUGUUUGUGAAAUGCUUCGACAUCAGAGGGCUGUUGACGUAUUCCAUGCUGUGAAGACGCUGAGGAAUAAUAAGCCUAACAUGGUGGACCUUCUGGAUCAAUACAAAUUCUGCUAUGAAGUGGCUUUGGAAUACUUGAAUUCUGGCUGAUUGCAUAAACAGCACAGACAAAGUUCCUUCUUUCACCACCACAAACAAAGCAAGUCGCUUCAUAAUAUCUGUGUAAAUGAGAUGAAGACUUCUCAGUGUUGUGCUUAUACUGCUUUGUAUAAUUGGCUCUUUUUAAGAGCCCAAAAAGAUGUUUAUAAACUGCUUGCACUGCCCGUUUUCCACUAUAAUGCCGCUGCUUGACACCCAUGUGAACAUUCACCAAACCACAUGGCCGUUGUUGAACACUGUAUUCAUACAUAGCCAUUGAUGUGGUGAAGCAGCAUAGUCCUUUGGUAAAUAAGAGAGCACAAUUAUAUUCUUAUGAAGGAAUUUGUACUUUUCUGUUACAUUUUGUUGCCUGUGAUUCUCAGUUAUUGUCACAGCCUAGUGUACAUUUCUGUUCUGUGGAGAAUGCUGUCUGGCAUUUUAGUAAUAUAUGAUUUUAGUUGUAUUUGUAUUCUAACACAUGCAUAAUAAAUGAAUCAUAUGUAGCUUAUCUGAACUAAUGAAAGGACAUGUACUAAAUCAUGUUAACUUUGUUGAGUUGUAAUUUCUAUCCACUUUGUACCAUUGCAGAGAGAGAAUCUUGAUAGAAGUACAGUUAGAAAAUGCAAAAUACAGGAUGCUCAGAUUAAUAUAUCCAAAGCUUUUUCAUUUGUUUAUAUUGUAAAUAUUUUUUGAUUUCAUCAAAUUAUUUAUUCAUUAAAAUGAAUUUUUUUGUGAAGCACAGUGAGUGACAAUCAUUUUUAUUAAGCCCUGGAAAUGCUUACUGUAUGAUAGUGUAAACAUUUGUUUACCUUGUAUGGAUUCUCAGCUCAAUAAAUAAUUACAUACAUGAUAAAA